AUGUAUGUACACAGGAAGCCUAUGGCCCACAUUACUUCUUCUCGGACAGUUUUGGAUACAAAACCAGCGCAUGUAAUGGCUGCUUUUUCGUCUAAGGGAUCUAGCUCGGUGGCUCCUAGAAUUCUGAAGCCUGAUAUAACUGCACCUUGUGUGAGUGUGAUCGCUGCCUACACUGGAGCAGUAUCACCAACAAAUGAACAGUUUGAUGCUCGGUGUCUUAUGUUCAAUGUUGUUUCAGGGGCUUACAUGUCUUGUCCUCAUAUCUCUGGCAUUUCUGGUCUUCUCAAAACUCGUUAUCCUUCUUGGAGCCCUGCAGCUAUCCACUAUGCCAUCAUGACUACUGCAACAACAAUGGAUGACAUUCCUAGAAUCAUCCAAAACUCAAUAUACAUGAAGGCAACAUCUUUUAGUUUCGGGGCAGGACACGUCCAACCAAAUCUAGCUGUGAAUCCCAGUCUAGUUUAUGAUUCAGGCAGAAAAUACUAUCUCAACUUCUUAUGCUCCCUUGGAUACAAUGAAUCAUAA